GCUGAGCGAUUGAAGGAGCAGGCUAAUUGUUGGGAGAAUGAAGAGAGAGCGGUGUCCCACCUGAUGACUAGCUUACGUCACCCUCGUCCUCCCACUAAGGUCUACAGUAAGAACCCGUUCAGAAUCUACGAGCAUCGCCCCCACCGCCACCACCGCCGGAGACCAAAGACUGCACGACUCUGAGGAAUGUAGUGAUGACGAAGAUGAGGAUGAUUCUGAUGGAUCGCCGCCCAUCCUAACGAAAGCCCAUGCCAUGUUUGGAGUCAAGAGAACGGUGAGAGCUGGAAAUUAGUUAUUUGUCACAUUUCCUCAUUGCAGGGUGAGGUGAUUGCUGUGUGAUUGACUGGUUGUAGUGUUUACAUAGUGAUGGAAAAAGAAGGGCGUUCAAUUGAAUGUUAUGUAAUAGUUUCAGAAUUAGAUUGUUUUCCAUCAUUAUAUCAUGUGACUUAGUAUCGGAAGAUGUGUUGUCUACCAACUAAGAUGUGUUAACCUCUACGGGAUCGGUUGAGCUAACGUGCGCUAAUGUGAUUAGCAUGACUGUUUUAAGUAACAGCAAACCUUCCAGGACAUAGACAUCUCUUAUAUGGGCAGAAAGCUUAAAUUCUUGUUAAUCUAACUGCACUGUCCAAUUUACAUUAGCUAUUCAAGUGAAAAAAUAACAUGCUAUUGUUUGAGGAGAAUGAACAACAACAAAAAACUUAACACGGCAACUGGUAUGUUACAUUCACCUCUGAAGGUAAAUAAUGUACUUACAUUCAGUAAUCUUGCUCUGAUUUGUCAUCCUGAGGGUCCCAGAGAUAAAAUGUAGCAUAGUUUGGUUUGAUAAAAACAAUUUUUAUAUUCAAAUGUAGGAACUGGGUUCUACAGUUUGAACCCUGGCUGUCUCUGGCUCCACACCCACCCCGCCCGGCCUUCUAGAUGAGAAAGUUAGUGUAUAAGCUAAUGAUCUAUCAUGUAUGACAUUCCUGGGAGUGUUAAACUUACAUUUUGUAUUCCCAUAUAAUUGUUGUAUGUUCUCUGUAGUUAUGUACUUCAAAAUGUAUCAAUUGAUAAAUUCGGCACAUUUGGGCAGACUUGAUACAAAAUAGUCCAGUAUUGCAAUGCUUCACUGGAUCAAUCUGAAACUUUGCACGCACACUGCUGCCAUCUAGUGGCCAAAAUCUAAAUUGUGCCUAAACUGCAAUAUUAUAUUGUGGCCUUUCCUUGCAUUUCAAAGAUGAUAAAUAGAAAACGCAUGUUUUUUUGUUUUUAUUAUCUUUUACUAGAUCUAAUGUGUUAUAUUCUCCUACAUUAAUUUCACAUUUCCACAAACUUCAAAGUGUUUCCUUUCAAAUGGUAUCAAUAAUAUGUAUAUCCUUGCUUCAGGUCCUGAUCUACAGGCAGUUAGAUUUGGGUAUGUCAUUUUAGGCGGAAAAUGAAAAAAAGGGUCUGAUCCUUAACCGGUUAAAUGUUCUUGGCUGCAAUGAAAGAUUCACUCAGUUCUCUAGAUUAUGUUCAGGAAUCCUCCUUACAGUACAACAGAUAAACAGUUGUGAUUUCUCUGGUGCUGUGGAGGCUAUUGUGUAGCAGGCAGGCAGACUAAACCUUGUUCUCUUGUCAGUGGUCUGUCAGUGGUCAUGGCUAAUUUAAACUUCCAUGGUUUUCACAUCUGUGUUGUCUAUAGGCAACUGCUCCCUUGUGGUCUUUAGGCAACUGCUCCCUUGUGGUCUAUAGGCAACUGCUCCCUUGUGGUGAAGAUGAUAUUACAACAGAUUGUGGUCUAAAAGUUAGGAACCCGCUCUAUUUCACACAGCAGUAAUAUGGCUGUCAGAUAAGACUGCCUGCUGAUGAUUGUUGCAGUUAAUUAGUGAAUUUGUUAAAGGAUUGCUUUCAUAGUCUUCACUGGGUUUAAUCACUACGACAAAAAGAAAGUGACAUCCUUGUAAUACCCACUCAGUGAAAAACUGGAGCGUAUGUAGAAUGAGGCCUGUGGUCUGAGUUAACUCUGCCUGUCUCAUUUGUGGUUCUCUAAACCAGGCAGCCUUCAUCUGUGGGAAAGAGUUGCUCAAGCGUUCAAGGCUCACAUCAUGUGGUUUGAGCAUUUUACAUUCAGAACAAAAGUUUACGAUGAGGCCCGGUCCUCCCUGCAGACAUUUAACCAGAGCCUUGAGUGUCUCUCUCUGUAGCUAUUAAACUGCAGAAAGAGUUUAGAGAGGAAGUAUUAUGUUUAUUUUAACCUUUUUUUUUCUUUUUUUUAAUCUGUUUUGUCUGUCUUGGAGAGCAGUUGUGCUCAGAAAUGAAAAGUACGUUUUUAGUCCAGGACUAAGCUUAAUCUGUGUCCGAGAAAACGGCCCUAAAGUUUAACAUUUGAUCUGUGUUUGUGUCCAGAGAGAGAGAGCUGAGAGAGCUGUCGUGCUCAAGAAGAGAGGUCGCAAGAGGCAAAGGAUUAAUAGCAGUGUGACGACAGAGACCAUCUCGGAGACGACAGAGGUUCUGAAUGAACCGUUUGACAACUCUGAGGACGAGAGGCCCAUGCCCCUGCUGGAGAGGACCUGCAGGGUGGGAGAGAUGGAGGUAGAGGAGGAGGAGGGGCUGAGGAAACCAGUGAAGAGACGCAGAGGUCGUCCGCGGCUGGAGAAAAACAUGGACAGAGACAAUCGUGAACACUGGAAUGAAGGUAACUAAAUCCUUGAUGUUUUUAAGAAGCUGUAUUAUUUUAAGUUGUAAGUUAUAACCGACAGCAUACAUCCUUUAAAUCUGAACAUCACAUCACCAAUUUGGUCAAAUCACUGAUGAUCUUUUCUCUUUCUACUUUCUAGUAGCCGGUGUGCUGUCAAAGAAACCGGGCAGGCCUCGAGCGAUUAAGCGCAAGAAGGGCUGGCCCAAAGGAGUGAAACGGGGGCCUCCAAAAUGGCGUCUGAAGAAGGAGAGGAAGAUGGGCUUCAAGCUGAACCUGUACACUCCCCCCGAGACUCCGCUGGAGGCCGAGGAGCCCCACAUCCAGGCCGAGGAGCCCAAGGAGGAGCCGGAGGACCAGGACAAGGCCUCGACCAUCACGGAGGAGGGUUCAGAGCCCGGCAGAGACCUGGCCGGUCGGGACACAGAGAUGGACAAGCUCCUGCCCUCAGAGCCCCACAGUCCCAUGGAGGAAGAAAGCCCUAGUAAACUGAGCUCCCCUGGGGUGUCUCCUGUGGCUUCUCCCAUGGCCUAUUCUCCAGUAGCCUCCCUUAUGGCCUCUAGAGCUAGCACCCCUGUCUUCUCUCCUGUUGGCUCCGCUGUGUGUUCUCCCGCCGGAUCCCCCAGUCGUGACGAGCCACCGGAGGAGGACCCACAGGACACUGAGCACGGGGACUCCCCCGCUCCAUCUCCAUCCAAACAGCUGGAACACAGCACUGAGGAGGAUGAGGACGAAGAGGCCACUCACCUGGAUGCGGACGAUGAAGACGAGAGUCGCAUCGAGUCGACGGCAGAGCCAGAGAAAGUGGAGAGGCAGCAGGAUCCAGAGCCUUGUCAACAGCCUCCUAAAGCGGAGUCCUACACCACCUCAACGUUUUUAGAUCCAAAUGACAACGAUAAGGAUUCUGAACGACGUCAGGAGGAGGGGUCUGAAGGGAUGGCCCAUAGGCGAGAGGAGGAACAGCCGGCCAACACUGGAGACGAGAGAAGAGAUGGUAUCCAGGAACAGGCACCAAACGCAGCAGCAGUAGACACUAACCACCCCGUUGACUCCGAGUCAGAGGAGAGUAGCAGUCAGGAGGCUCGACGCCAGCCCCAGCAGACAGAGAGGGAUGGAGAGAGACUUGCUGCGCUGAGUCCUGCUGCUGCGCUGAGAGACCGAGAGGAGGACCGAGAGGAGGACCGAGAGGAGGACCGAGAGGAGGAGACAGAUCCUGAGGUGGACAAGGAGACGGCCCAGGCUGUGCAGAGCCUCACCCAGGAGACGGAGCGCGACACAGAGACACCGCAGGACAACUCCAGCUCGGGGUUCGAACAGGAGGUGAGCCACAACCUGCAGACCCACCCCAUGGCCCCCCAUAGCCCCCAUCACACCCUAACCUCGCUGGACGAAGGCUGCCCCCAGUCGGACCACAGCAGCCCCCUGUCCUCGGCCCACUCCCACCCCAGCCAGUCGGUGCGCUCCGUCAGCAGCCCGGCUGUGUCCAUCCUGGAGAGUAGUGGAGGUAGCAGCAGUGGAGGAGGAGGUUACACCCAAAUCAGCCCUGACCACGCCUCCAGCGGCGGAGCCUCCAUCUCGGUCCCAUCCUCCCUCCACAACAUGGAGACCAGCCCCAUGAUGGACGUGCCGUCGGUGUCGGACCACUCGUCCCAGCAGGUGGUGGACAGCGGCUUCAGCGACCUGGGCUCCAUCGAGAGCACCACAGAGAACUAUGAGAACCCCAGCUCCUACGACUCCACGCUGGGGGGCAGCAUCUGUGGCGGGGCCGGGGGUCCGGGCGGACCUGGGGGCCCCUCUCAGAACAGCUGCUCCUACGGCCCCCUCCCCCCCAGCGGCCUGGUGCAGAGCAGCUGUUCUGUCAGCCAGCAAAUGGGGGGCGUCAACCCUGGAAGCUGUGGCAUGAUUCAGCAGAAUAGCCUGAGCUCCCCGCAGCACUGCAACGUCAAGUCACCACAGGGCUGUGUGGUGGUGGAGAGACCACCGAGCAAUGGUCAACACAGUCAGAGGACUCAGCACAGUCACAGUCAUACAAUCACACACAAUCCCCAUGGCCAUACUAGGCUCACUAUCACUCCACACAAUCAGCAUCCGCAACUCAAUCAGCCUCCCGGCACUCCACACAAUCAACACAGCCAGAUAACACAACUCAACCCACACACACACCCUGCACACAGUCAGCCACAUAGUGUACAUCACAAUCAACACAGCCUUCACAAUCAACACGGUCAACACAGCCUUCACAAUCAACACGGUCAACACAGCCUUCACAAUCAACACGGUCAACACAGCCUUCACAAUCAACACGGUCAACACAGCCUUCACAAUCAACACGGUCAACACACCCUUCACAAUCAACACAGUCAACACAGCCUUCACAAUCAACACAGUCAACACAGCCUUCAUAAUCAACACAGCCACAGUCAGCAACAGGCCAUGACACAGUGCGGCAUAGCCACCAACUUCACGGCACCCAUUCAGCUAGCUGACAUCCCCGAGUCAGGCAACCCCAACCUGAGCAGCAUCUAUGAGAGGAUGAACCAGGAGGGCUAUGGCAGCGGUCAUUACUCCCAGCCCUCGGCCACCUUCAGCCUGGCCAAACUGCAGCAGCUGACCAACACCCUCAUAGACCACCCUCACUCUCUGCCUUUCAACCACUCAGCCUCCCAUUCCCACCCUAUCACAUCCUAUGCAAACAGUACCUCCCUGUCAUCGCACUCGCAGCACUCUGGCCUGGUGUCUCUGUCCCAGUCCCCCCACCCCGGCAACCCUCGCCCCCACGGGGUCUCUCCUCACCCCGGGGGCCCCCAGGUCCAGGUGCAGGCCACCAUGACCCCCCCUCCGACCUCUUCCCACCCCCUUAGCUCCCCUCAGAUGAUGCUGCAGCGCAACGCCAUGGGCAUCUCCAACAUCCCCACCUCCCAGAGGACUCUACAGGCUCAGAUGGCCCCCGUGGGACCCAAGGGCCCCACACACAUUGCCAUGCGCUCCAAGUCAGCUGCCUCUGGUCUCUCCUCCCACCCCCACCACCAGCACCAGCAGCAGAUGUACAGCCACACCCGCGGGGCCCCCCAGACAGUCACCAUGCAGGCCCCCUCGUCCCGGACGCUGGCAGCCAUGCCAAGGGGCAUGAACAUGGGCACGGUCAACAUCAUGCCAGCCCCUGGCAAUCCCUACAACCAUGCUGUUAGUGUCAACUCCAUGAACAUGCCCGCCGCCGCCGCCAUAAACCACGCCAUGAACGGCUACCACGUCACCACCCAGGGGGCAGCCAUGAUGGCGGCCAAUGGUGGUUACCACGGCAACCAGAUGUCGGGUCAUCAGAUGGCGGCGGCCUACAUGAACCAGUCGCCCGGGGCCCAGUACGCUUCUAUGCAGAUGGGCAUGAUGGGAACACAGCCAUACCCCCAGCAACCCAUGCAGGCUCCGCCGCACGGCAGCAUGAUGUACUCUUCAACUGGUCAACACGGAUACAUGACCAACACCGGACCCAUGUCCAAGCAGACACUCAAAGGGCCUUUCAUCAGACGGUAA